AUGGCGCUGAAAAGUGUGGCAGUGCUGACAAAAGGCAUGUUCGGAAGAAUGCCGGCCCAGCUCGCCAUCAGCAGUGUCCCAUCAAAUACCAUCCAAAGACGAUCCAACUAUAAAUUCGUCGGAAUGCCCAAUGAGACCGACGGAACCGUGGCAGGCGAUUUGAACUAUGGUCUUCACACCGUUUUCUUCACCGAGCUUUUCCGAGGAUUUGGAGUGAUGCUUGGUCACGUCUUCAUGGAGCCAGCCACCAUCAAUUACCCUUUCGAAAAGGGACCUCUCAGCUCGAGAUUCAGAGGAGAGCACGCCCUUCGUCGUUAUCCAUCUGGAGAGGAACGUUGCAUCGCCUGCAAAUUGUGCGAAGCUAUUUGCCCCGCUCAAGCGAUCACCAUCGAAGCAGAGACCCGUCCAGAUGGUUCCCGUCGUACAACUCGUUAUGAUAUCGACAUGACUAAGUGUAUCUAUUGUGGACUUUGUCAAGAGGCUUGUCCAGUUGACGCUAUUGUCGAAGGACCAAAUUUCGAGUAUUCUACUGAAACUCACGAAGAAUUGCUCUAUAAUAAGGAGAAACUUCUUCUGAAUGGAGAUCGUUGGGAACCGGAAUUGGCAUCGAAUCUUCAGGCUGAAUAUCUCUAUCGCUAA